AUCUGAUCUUUCAGGUGAUUUUGUUUUUACUCGAAGCACACAAUGAUGGUGGUUCUGACCCUUCGAAAUGUUUUCCACAUGAUAUUGUAAAACAUAAAAACAUAUAUUAGAACGAAGAUGCGACUGCAUGUUUUUCUUUCAACAUUAAUCAUAAUUCUAGUUGUCAUAUUGGGAUACAAAGGUUUGUUUGAUUUACUGAAACCCUUUCAAGCGCAACCGUCCAUAAAUUCAACAGCUGUUCGUUGGUACGACGAAAAAACAUCGACACAAUGUUUACGAAGAUAUUUUUCAACUAUAGCGCUCGUUAUCGUUUAUAACCACCCUCAUUACGAUAGUGUUCCGCUGUUGCGACAGUUUUACGAGCCUGUUUUUCCUCACAUAUAUGUUUGCGGAUCUAAGUCAAAUGAAAGUUUUCCGAACAUUACUUAUGUAGACAUAAAUAGAGGCAUCUUUGGGUAUGAAUGUUUGUCGAAUAUUAUUCGCCGUUACUAUGGUUAUGACGGAUAUUUCUAUAUAAACGACGACGUAAUUUUGAACUACUGGAAUCUGGUGCAUAGUAAAUUUGAUCGAGAUCAUAUCUGGGAAUCAAACAACCAAUUCGGUACCGUAAGUUUAGAAAAGGAAAUUCCUGAGAAUUGGUAUUGGUGGGUAUCACCUUACGGUUUUCAAAAUUGCAGAAAAGCUGUGGACAAAGUAAAAAAAAGGUCAGACAAGUUUAAAGUUUAUCAUAAUUUAUACAACACGUAUAUGCAAAAUGGAAACGAAACAAAAUACGCUCGUAAUGGACGCUCAGAUAUUUUAUACCUACCACGACAUCACGCCUUGCAUUUCCAAGAACUAUCAAGAAUAUUUUUCCAGGAAAACGUUUUCCUAGAAAUCGCCAUACCCACGAUAUUACGAUUUCUUGCGCCAUCCAAUGACAUACGACCUUUAGAAGGACAUUAUAUACCCGGCGACGUACGUAAGAAUGAUCCUCGAGUCGUCGACAGUCGUUAUUUUUGGGUGAAGUACUUACAAAAUCCAAACUUCUGGUUUAUACAUCCCUUUAAAUUACAACAUCGCAAAAAUAAAAACAGGGAAUUAAAUAUCGAGUUGUUGAAACAUAUUUUAAUUGAAAAAACUAAAAGUUUGACUAAAUGCUCAAUUUGAAGAGAAAACAAAAGGUUGGCUUUAAAUGCACACGAACACGUGAUCAAAGAAGUAAGACCUGACCUAAAUUUCAAGACACAGUGAAAUCUAAGACUGUUUUUCUCCACAAAAUUCAUUAUUCACCCCGCACGAGGCAUGGACCUUAUGGAGGACUAAGUUGACCUGGUAUUUGAAUUCAGUGCUCG